AUGGAUAUCCAGAGAAUAGACUAUUAUGUGGACCAAAAUUGGGAGAAAGUGCCCAAAUCGUGGGCCAAUUGUAUCCAAGAAUUUCAAUUGUCGGACAUCACAAACCUAUUGACAACAGAACCUAAAACAUCGUUUAAGACUGUUUUGCCGCUGAGUUUGCUAUCACUUCGGGCCUCGUGUUCGGCGCUUCAAUUGUCCCGCAAAUGGAGCCCUAAUUCAGAGAUAAUUUUACCGGAAACUCGUUUUUGUGAAAACAAUGAAGUGUUGGAUCGAGAAGUGACCGACUCUUUGCACCCGAAAAUGAAAUAUGAAAUUCUCAACAGAAAUGUUAAUCAGAAAAAGAGACACGAAAUCAGACGUCUUUCCAAACUCACUGACCAUUUGCUGAAAGGGAUCGCCGAUUGCAAGACAAUCGUGGACUGCGGCUCAGGUCAGGGACAUCUGUCCCGCAUAAUGAGUGUGUGUUUCGGUUAUGAUGUGAUUAGCAUUGAAGGCAAUGAUGACAACGUGUUGGGCGCACAACACAAAGACACGAAUACAUUGAAAUGUCUUCAACGAUAUAAACUGGCGGAUAGUGUGCGGAUGAAUGCGCCGAAGAAAGUGAAUUGUUUAUUACAAGAGAACACAUCGAUUAGUGAAGUGACACAAAACAGUGAGAAUCACCUGUUGUUAGGUCUUCACGCGUGUGGAAACUGGCGGAUAAACACAUCGAUUAGUGAAGUGACACAAAACAGUGAGAAUCACCUGUUGUUAGGUCUUCACGCGUGUGGACCACUCUCGACGAUAAUACUCAAUCAACUUAAACAAUGCCAAUCCGCCAAAGCAUUGCUUUUAGUCAGUUGUUGUUAUAUGAAAAUCGAUAACAAGAGUUUUCCAUUGAGUCAAAUGGUUAAGCGCUCGCCAGUGCCUGAGAUGAGCUAUCAGGCCAAAGAAGUUGCCUGUCAUGCCAUCGAGAAAUUUGUUCAUAAAUUGCAAACAAAUGAAGAAGGCAUUCAAACGGCACUCUUUCCACUGUUUGAUCCGAUUCUUUCGCCACGAAAUAAUUGGUUUAACAGCAGCCGUAAAGUGAAAGCACUGUUAGCUAUGAACUAA